AUGUCAGUGGAAUCCUGGACAGACACGGACUCAUCGAUCACGUCAACGUCAUCUGAAUGGGAGGAUGACGGACUAACCACACCACCUGAGCAGACAAGACCUGUUUGGGAGCUUGGGAAUGUUCCCGUUCCUCCUGGUUUCAACACCUCCGCCGAAGACAGAGUGUCUUCUGGUGCGUUGGACGUUGUGGACACCAAUCCUACCAGGAAUGGCCCACAGCCAAGCAAAGAGAUCCCACCCCAACAAAGCCCUCGCAGUCAGCUUGUAACAUUCAGGCCGGCGGGCAUCAGACGGCCCCACCCGCAUUCGAAGAGACCCGGUGUUGGCCAACCCAAGACAAAAGAUGAUGCUGCAACACCUGAUAAUACGAAGAAAAGACGGACAAUCACCAGUGCCAGUGCCAUCAAACAACAGAUCGAGAAUACAGAUGAAAAGAACACUCGUGCCAAUGAAGGUACAUCUGCCGAUACAUCUUCAGGGUCUGUAGACAAAGACAUGACUCAAAACCCGGAUUGCCAUGCCAAGUCCGGAUGA